CCACCUGGCGAGGCCAUCAUGCAAAUAGAGUAAGAAAGAGAAACGGUGAUAACGAUAUAGAUAACAGGAAUGUGUAGAUGUGUGGGGCACAUAAAAAUUUUCCAGUUUUUCUUUAGGGUUCAAGGGAAAGUCUGUCGCCGCUUGCUGCUCAGGUAGAAACCAAGAUCUGUGAUCAGUCAAGAAAAUGCCUCGUUCGUGUUCAGAAGUCUUUCUGGGAUUGAUCAUGAUCCUGGGUUCGGUUCUGGCCCGCUCGCAUCUCAGCAGUCUGCAGGAACUGGAGCUGAGUUCGCUGCGCACCCACAAGCAGCUAUUGCAGGCGGAGAUCGCCCGUCUUUUUUUGGAGCAACCUGCUCGAGCGGAAACCGAGCUUCUGCUGGACGAUCUUCAGCAGAGGGACCAUCAAAUAGGUCUUCAGAUAGACAACCUAGAGGGAAUCGCCAAGGGCCAGACCACCCAAAGGCUGGCCAUCAAUCUGACCGCCGACUUUGAGCAUCUCCAGCACAAACUGGAUGAUUUGAAGCGCCAACUUGAGUUGCUAGAUGGACGUUUUGCCUCCCAAGGAAAACAACUGGAGGGACACUCGUCGGAAACAGCACCGCCGCCUGCGUCCGGAUUGGGCUCCUUCCUGUGGGGACCCCUGCUGACCAUGCCGGAGUUUGCACAGGGAAGUGUGGCCAGUGACCAGCAACAUAACCACAACCACAACCUUCAUCAGCAGGAUCACCAGCAGGAGCAGCGGCCGGGAACCAGUCCCUCCAUCAUCAAACGGGUGCUGGAUAUGCUUAGACCAUCCGUGGGAGUAGCAGGACUACGGAGUCGAUGGGCUGAGUCGGAUAAAUCAGCUGGAACAGGAUUGCAAGCGGCUAAGCCUGCCCGCCCACUCAACGCCGAGGAGCUCCUCUCACAGCUGCAGGAGCAGCGAAGGUUCUUGGACGAUGCCAUCACGCGUCUUGAGCGCCUGGCGGUCAGGAAGAGCUCGAAAAAAAAUUAAAAUCGCUAAGGUUUUGAAUAGAGAUAUAAGAAAACAACGAAUCCUUGGAAAGAAAAUAUUUAAACACAAUAUAAUACAACUAUCUGAUUGAACACGGGAUCAAUAUUAAUUAACUUAUAUUGCCAGAGAUAAGAGGCUGCAGUAAAGUGAUAUCACUUUAGUAAAGUUGCCCCCAUAAAUAUAAUGUACAAACUAAGUCGAGUACAUACGUCAGGCUGAAUACUUCUAGUUCUGAAAUAAAUUUAACUAAACUAAAAAUAAUAUCGAAUAUUCAUAUUCUAUAUCCUUAAGGUAUCCUUAAAAUGUUUAACAGAAACCUAAUUCUCUUCAGAAUUAAAUAUGUAAUUCUGAAAAUUGUAUUUGCAGGGCAAUUAUUUUGACAAAUAUUGAUGGAUGGGAAACAGCUGCAUAAUUACCAUCGAUGGUUACCUGACCACAACAAAGCGGAUCUUAGCGACAGGCCCCGAUCGAUUGACUCAUCCGACCUACUUCGAUGUCAUAACAACUCAGCAGAACACGAAACCCAACCUUGCUACGUCAUCAAGAAAAGCCAGACGUCGAUUCUGAUAUGGUUAUAAUGUCCACACGCCCCUAUCUCAAGUGUCUGACUUUAUGAUGUAUGCAUAAUUUGGUAUCGCCGGUAUAUCAUAUCGCUGAUAUGGCCCAUGAUAGAGCUUCGAUGAUGGUGCUUUUUACGGAGGAAACGGAAACUAAUCGGGAAUCAAACAUUUUAGGCCAGCAAACAACCAGAAAAGCAAGUCAUCUCAAAUUCACAUUCAGUGGGAGGUAAAAAUACAAUGCUUUCGAAAGGAGAAGCUAGAUGAAUCAUCAACCUCAGAUGGAUUUUCCCGGAUUCCUAAACGUUUUCGAGAUGCUGUUUUCAGCAGCAGACGCACAUCAUUGUUUAUCUGCGAGUAAUUCGUCGUCACUCACCACU